CCUCCCCUCCGCCGUGAACAGCCGCAGAAGUUGGAGCUAUUCCAGUGCCGGCGUUUCAAAGCCACCAAGUUUCUGGCGAAAGCCGCCGUGGACGGUGGCGGAUACACCAAGUUUCCGGGUUGGCUGUUGGGAAAGAGGGAGAGAAAGUGAUAAACCACUCUCUUAUUGCACUAAUUUACAUUCCUCUUUCUCUCUAUCUCUGUCUAAAAUUGAUAUAUUACUGUCAUUUCUCUGUUUUUCUUGGUGGGUUUUGGUUUUUCUUUGAUACCCAUCUCUUUAAAUCAGAGAAUUUGAAGAACAAAGUGGAUUUUUGGGGAACAGGGGAAGAACAUAAUGGAAUUUUGGGAGUUGAGUUAUAGAAAACUGUGAGAGAGGGAUGGGAAUUUGUAGGAUUUCAGUGUUGGAUUUUGUUUAUGAACAAUGGCUUAUGAUAAGCAACUUAUGAUACACUUUGCAUUCUUGUUGUUCUUGUUGUUCUUGUUGUUCUUUGAGCCCACAUUUCAACAACAAGAUUCACCGAGUUCUUCCCGGGCCGAACGAGCUGCGUUACUCGAGCUCAGGUCGUCGUUGGGUUUGAGAACCAAGGAGUGGCCUAUAAAGCUUCACCCUUGCUUAGGCUGGAAGGGUAUCAAGUGUAUUAAUGGUAGAGUAACUGAUAUCAAUAUUGCUGGCUUUAGAAGAACAAGUAUUGGUAGGAAGAACCCUCAAUUUGCUGUUGAAUCCUUGGCUAAUUUGACCCUUUUACAGUCCUUUAAUGCUUCUAAUUUCAUUCUUCCUGGUGUGAUUCCUGAGUGGUUUGGACAUCAUCUCAGCUUGCUCCAAGUGCUUGAUCUACGGUCUUGUUCUAUAUUUGGUUCUAUUCCAUCGUCACUUGCAUCGCUUCGACAUCUAUCUCGGCUUGAUCUUUCUUCUAAUUACUUAUCCGGGUCGAUCCCUCCGGGCGUUGGGAGCCUAUUGAAGCUUCGGUAUCUAAACCUUUCGAAAAACAUGUUGUCUUCUUCAAUACCAGCUCAACUUGGAGGGCUUGUUAGCUUACUUGACCUUGACCUGAGUGUCAAUUCUUUGUCUGGAACAUUGCCUUUGGAGUUAAGAGGAUUAACGAGCUUGCGAAGUAUGGUACUCCGGAGCAAUUCGCUCGAUGGUUCGUUGAAUGACGGUUUGUUUCGAACGUUAACACGGUUGCAAUCCUUGGAUCUGAAAGAUAACAACUUUACUGGCUUAAUCCCUGAUGGGUUAUGGUCAAUGUCUGGAUUGCAGCUUCUUGAUGUGUCUAGGAAUAGUUUUACAGGAUUGCUACCAAAUUAUAGCUCGAGUUUUAACAUUACUGAUGCUGUUCUUAAUGUAUCUCAGAAUGCAUUUUAUGGGAGCCUUACAAUCAUAUUGAGAAGAUUCAGUGUCAUCGAUCUGUCGGGAAAUUACUUCGAAGGAAACGUUCCUGAUUAUCUACCUACCGACGUAUCUUUCGUUAGUAACUGCCUCCAUAAUGUGUCUAGACAGAGGACGUUGGCUGUUUGUACGUCAUUCUAUUCUGCAAGGGGACUCAUCUUCGAUACUUUCGGCUUUCUCGAGCCUACCGAACAUCCAAUAGCAGAAGUAUCAUCGAAGAAGAGCAACAGGAAUGGUGUUAUCUUAGGCAGUGUUAUUGGUGGGAGUGUUGUUAUCUUCCUAAUAGUGUUGUUGAUACUAAUCUUCCUAUGGAGGAGGAAGAGAAGAACUACUAAUCAAAGACGAGGCGUCGUGGGACCUGUUCUUCCUACGGAGGCUGUCGAACCGACUCCUCGGUUGUUGAUUGAUUAUGCAAGUUUAGGAGAAACGUUCGAGUAUGAAGAGUUGGUUCAAGCAAGUAAUGGUUUUAGUGAUUUGAACCUUGUUAAACAUGGUCAUUCAGGGGAUCUUUUUUAUGGUGUAUUGCAGAACGGGGUUCGUGUCGUUAUCAAACGUGUCGAUUUGCAUCGAGCUAAUGAUGGUUACUUGGUGGAAUUGGAACUGUUGAGUAAGGUUUCAAAUGUAAGAUUGGUUCCUUUUAUUGGUCAGUGCUUGGAGAAUGAAAAUGAGAAGUUUUUGGUGUAUAAAUUUGUCCCAAAUGGUGACUUAUCAGCUUCGUUGUUCAAGAAAGUUAUGAGUGAUGAGGAGUGUUUGCAGUCGUUGGAUUGGAUUACAAGGCUUAAAAUUGCAUUAGGAGCUGCUGAGGGUCUUUGUUUUCUGCAUCAUCAUUGUACUCCUCCUCUCGUGCAUAGAGAUGUUCAAGCGAGUAGCAUACUCCUUGAUGAUAAAUUUGAAGUGCGGCUUGGAAGCUUGAGCCAUGUCUGUGGCCAACAAGGGGAAGCCCAACCGAGCAGAAGUAGCAAGCUACUGAGAUUGCCACAGUCAUCUGAGGAGGCCUCUUUAGGUUUGCAGACAGCAGUUUGUACCUAUGAUGUUUAUUGUUUCGGAAAGGUGUUGCUCGAGCUCGUAACAGGAAAGCUCGGGAUCAGUGCCGUCCCAGAUGCCGAAAUCAACGAAUGGUUAGAUCAGACCUUACCCUGCAUCAGCAUAAACAACAAGGAACUCGUGACAAAGAUCCUGGAUCCGUCAUUGAUCGUGGACGAAGAUCUGUUGGAAGAAGCAUGGGCUGUGGCUGUUGUUGCCAAGUCCUGUCUCAAUCCGAAACCUUCGAGGCGACCCGUGAUGAAAUACAUCCUCAAGGCUUUGGAAAAUCCAUUGAAGGUAGUAAGGGAAGAGAAUUCGAGCUCGAGACAGUUUCGAUCAACUUCCAUUGGAAGUUCUUGGAAUGCUUCUUUGUUCGGUAGCUGGCACCAAAGCCUUUCGGAUGUUACGAUGCUUCCAUCAGCCUCCUUGUCUAAAGCAGGCGGAAGUAGUUUCAAACGAUCAGGAACGAUGGGUUCGCAAGGAAGUGAUCGGAAUGGUGGAAGCGAACGUUCGUCGUCUCGUCGACGACAUUCGAAGGAGAUAUUCCCAGAACCAGCUGAAGUUCAAGACAUUGAAAGAUUGGAGAAUAAGUAGGAGGGACACAUUGGUUUGGUGUUGAUUGUUUGUUAAUAACACAGCACACUUUGAGAUUGAGCUGGUUUUAGCUUGCAUUUUUUCUGUAAUUGAUCAUUUGUUUCUUGUAGUUUUUGGAAUGUAAGCCAAUUCUCUUUUGU